AUGGUCCAGCCAGAUCCACACGGUUUGCAGCGGAUUGACCUGGAAUUCCUGUUAAAAAUGCACAAAAUUGUCAAUGUCGUUAUUGGCAUCGCAAAGGCUGACACGCUCACCGCUGGUGAAAUUUCUGCCGUGAAAGCGGCCAUCAGUGCCGACAUACAGAGACAUGAUAUCGAACUCUACACCCCAGAAGCUGACUUUGAUACAAAUAUGGAGAUUGAUACUCAAACAGCGACUGAUGGCCAGACGAGUUCAGUCUUCUCUGUCUUUUCGUCAACGAAAAGGGUUAAAGUCGAUGGAAAUCUCAUGCUCGGACGAGAAUAUCCCUGGGGUAGUAUUACUAUCACCAACGAGAAGAUCAGUGAUUUCACCAAACUGAGGAAUAUGCUAGUGUGCUCACACAUGCUAGAUCUAAUCGACCGUACGAAUUUGCUAUAUGAACAGUUCAGGACGGAUGAAUUGUUGAAGCUCGGUCUCACGAAUACUACGAGUUUGAUGAAUGAAUUCAAGAUCAAGGAUGAUAAAUUGCAAGAACAGCUGAAGGCUAUUGAGGAUAUGUCACAGAAAUUAAUAUGCAAGGUUGAGAACGACGCUGCCGCCCAAUACGAAGAUGCCUACAAGCUAUAUGAAGACAACCAAAGAGAUUUACUUGCGCGUUUGACCAAAGAGAAAGAGAAAAUGCAAGCCUACGAAGUUUUAACCAAGGCUCCUAUGAGGGUAGCACGGACUGGAUAA